AUGUAAACAUUAUUAGCCAACAAAUUGCUCUCCCACUUCCGCGGCUUGACGGCUUUAAGAUAUUCCAAUCACCCCACCCAAUUUUAUGUGUCAGUGGCAUUCAAACGCCAAGAUACGAGAGGCUGGGUGGGACAAAUCUUUAUUUUUUCAAGGCUCUGGGUCACACAUGUGAAAAACUCAGUCUUGGCAGAGGUCUUAAAGUUGGGGAAUGUUUUUGAGUACUACACACAGAGCCAGAGGCGACGUUCCAAUCGCAUAAACAAAGUUUCUUAUCCUGAAAACGAGGAACAAAUCAAGGGCAAGACUAGUUGAGCGUGCGUUGCUUUCCACAGAGAUGAUCAAGGAGGCCAAGAGUGUGUCGAUACAAGUUCGCAAGGAGAUGGGCUGUAGAAAGAUAAUUUUUUCUCAUCAAGUUCAGAACCACUCAUCCCCAGGUUCUUCUUGGCUUCUUUGUCGUGACCUUACUGUCCCCCAGAAAGUUUAUCCUUGGCUUUGGAUCGGCCUUUGUUGUGCGUUUGGCGUUGCACGAGGCGCGGCGAGCAAUGGUGGCUAUUACGUGAAAUUGUUGGAAGUGCCCUCGAUUUGUCCUUUCAACGACUUCUGUCUUCCAUGGGUGCCAAAGUGGAGCCAAGUUUUCGGAUGGGACGAUCCCGAGGUCGACGAGAUCAGGGUGUUUGAUAACGCAUUGUAUAGUGUUUCAUACCACGACUUUGCCAUCGUGAAGUGGCGAGGCACCUUAAAGAGCACCUACCAUUGUCGUUCCAAAUUGAGGCAAGAGGCUCAAGUCAAAAUGUGGCAAAAUUCUCCCCACCAAGUUCUCGCGUGGUGUCAAAUGUUCCCAGACACACUUGGGAUCAGUUGUGGAGCACAACGGAUAGUUCCCUCCAAUGGCAACCUCACCAGAUCCUCCGUUCCGUUUGGCAAGUUAUCGCGCUCAAGCCCAACUCGACAUCUCUACAUUGUUCCAUUGAGCUGUGUGCAUUACCGAUCCAGCUUCAAGACCCAGCACGUGUUCUUCCACCGAAUUAAAGUCGCCAUCAAAGGAGUGUCACCGAUCGAUCUAUCUUUCGCUCCCAAUUUGAUUGAAAUGAACCACGAGGCUCGAGGACGCAGCUCUCGUUCCACGAAUAGCUCCUCAGCCUCCACGAACCAACGAAUCACAGAGCGGUUCACUUGGGAGCGAGCCCAUUCACUCGAUUUCAAACUCAAAAGCAACGACGGCUCCGUUCAUUUGAGGAUUCAUCCCAAGGAACACGAGGCCGUUUUGGAGUGGUCGGGUUUCUUCAAGGUCCUAAUACGACGAACUCAUAAUCGAGUCACGGUUUUGCCUAGUCUGGAAUUGGUCUUGGACUACUUGAACCCUUUAUGGUUGGAUGAGACCUUGGACCUGAAAGAAAGAGGCGUUUUGGCUGACACGGGCUUUCUGUCCGUCAUGACCCCGAGUUUUUUGACUAAUGGAUCAAGUUCAAUUGUUCGAGAACAAGAUUCAAUGACUUCCUGUCUGACUCAGCGUUCACGAAUGGGUGGGAUUCGCACCCAAGACGAGGUUCUCAAUUCGAUUCUAUCGAUUGGAGACGAUUCGCAAGAUCAAAUACCAAUCGUGGCGAACUGUCAGUGCUCCAAUAUUUCGACGCCCGAACUUGAAAGCAGAUUGGGCAGGUCUUCUAUUUAUAGCCAGCUCAAUCCCGCAGUCAAUCCACACGACCUUCACCGAGCAAACUCGGAGAGCCGACAGCUUUGGCAACAAUCUUGCUGCGCCACUUUAUUGGGGAAGAUCCGGGUACUUUCCAGUCUUCAGAGGAAAAAAGCCGGUUCAACAUUGGAAUUGUCCAACCACUUCUUUCAUUUCAAUGAUAGAUUGGCCUGUGCUCAAGGCAGCGAACCAUUAGAUAUUCAAGGCCUUUGUGAUUCCAACUUUUGCUGUCAAAGAACUCAAUUUCAAGUGGCUCAAUGGGACCAUAGAACCCGAGGCAAGUGCUGGAUUCUCAGAGCCUCAAAACCAGAAGCAAUGUCAAAACAAGAAGCUGUGGAUGCGAAGAAAUUUGGUGACAGAUCUCGUCGGCAAUAUCGCGUUCAAUCUGCUGCGUUUGGCAUUAUGGCUAUUGCUACGGUUUUUGUCCUAACUUUUCGAUUGGUGUCAAGAAAACUCGAGGAAUGCCGACCAACGAACAUUUCGUGAAACGAUCCUUUUCAAAUCCAACAAGUCUCUUUCCACGCCCCGAUAACCCACCAAAGGGGGAACACCGAUGUUUUGAUGCUAUAAAUGUGUUUCCAAGUAUCUUUGAAGAUAGAAGAAAAAUACCAAACAACAUCCCUAAUUGAUGCAAGCAACAGAAUAUAUUUGACACACGCAAAUAGCAAAAAGCGUGAGGAAAAGCUGAGGAAACUGCUUCAGAUGCGUAGUUGGUAAAGUUAAGAAUCAGUUAUCUUGUUGCAGUUUAAACAUUGAAUAGGGGUUUCCCUGUCGGAUCCUCUAAUCCUCUCAUCAAGUCUGGUAUACAAAUCAUUCGCAAUAUUAUGUUUCUUACAGUAUUCAUAUCCGUGAGUCUACGCCUCUGCUAUAAAGUGGAAUGUAAAAAGGCUUCAAGACCUCCCAUUAGGUCAGGAUGGGUAUUUCUAGCCCUUUUGCUAAGCAGUCCUCAAAAAUAAGGGGCCUUCAUUUCCAACGUCAGACAGCCCAAACAAAGUGGGGAAGAGGCCGGGUUGAUUGUUAAAUAAGCUACUAGUAACAUGCUGUGAACGCAAUUUCUUUUAGGGACAUUAUGUGACCUAGUUUACUAAUUACACAAAAAAAUGAUAUAACUAACCAAAAACAACUCAAUCGCAUUAUAAUUCAGUAAAGAGGGAGCGGCCCUACAUUUUGUAGAGGCUAGUUUACAAAGCGCCCUCUAAGGUGCGGACUGUAAACCGUAUUUUUUUGUAGCAUGGGAAGCCUAUGCAAUAUUCAUGGCAAGUGUUCUCCCUUAAGUCCACACGCAAAGUUAUCGGAAGAGUUGAAUAUUUGAGGGAUCUUGUUAAUGCCAAGAAAAUCAAAGGUACAGCCUUUUAUAAAACGCUUUCUUGGAUUAUUUGAAAUAACAAAAGCAUUUUGGACUGGUCCGAUGACCUUGUUUCACAUUAGAUGAAAGAGACUGAAAAAGCAAAAUUAACGUGAGAAGUAUCCCGACAAUGGUUGACAUGGAUAAAUUGAGAAUAUAGCCUUCACGUAAGCAAGAAUUUUUAUCAUCCUAUCGGCCAGAGCUUCAAAAGUGAGACAGAUUGGGCAGAUUGUUCUUUUUAGCGGACAUCCGUAACGCUACUGGGAAUGGGAUCCCCAACAGUUCAAGACAGAAAAAGAUAUAUAUCUAAUUUGAUUUUAUAUUCAUAUAAUAUUUGAUCCACCAACGAAUCAGAGUUAACAGAUCUUGCUAGUCCUUGCGUAUGUAGCUGCGUAUGAGUUGAAUAUGUUCCAUCUUGGUUUCUAAUGCGUAUGAGUUGUCUUCAGCAAAAUAUUUUUAGCUCUCAUUUAUAUUCAGUGUUUACGGUCAUGCAAUUGCAAAUAACUUUUUCUCGUGUGGGCAAAUGUGACAAUGUGUAUAUUUAGCAUCUUGGAUUAUGGGUUUACCUAUAUGACUUGUGUCUUUUACUGGACUCAAGUCAAGGAAAAGACUCAUCUUGUUUUUAUUAAGUUAAAAAAGGCCAAUGAAAUUAGCUCAAUUGUUGUAUUCUUACAUUGUCAAUUCAUGCUGAAAAGCCUGAUUUCUGUCGAAAACAGACUCGAUUGCACUCGGACUCGAGUCGGUACUCGCCCCAGCACUAGAAGUAACUACUGAGCCCCUCUAAUUAAUGCGCAUUAAAACUACAAAUUUGAACAAGACA